AUGGACAAAAAGCCGUGUAAUAGUCAAGAUGUCGAGGUUAGGAAAGGCCCUUGGACCAUGGAAGAAGAUCUCAUUCUCAUCAACUACAUUGCUAAUCACGGCGAGGGCGUUUGGAAUUCCCUCGCUCGAUCUGCUGGGCUAAAAAGAACGGGAAAGAGCUGCAGAUUGCGAUGGUUAAAUUAUCUUCGACCUGAUGUUAGACGAGGAAAUAUAACUCCGGAAGAGCAACUCUUGAUCAUGGAGCUUCAUGCUAAGUGGGGAAACCGGUGGUCGAAAAUCGCAAAGCAUCUACCGGGAAGAACAGACAACGAAAUCAAGAAUUUCUGGAGGACCCGAAUUCAGAAACACAUGAAGCAAGCGGAGAGCACGAACCAAAUGGGCGGGAUGAGUUCCGACGGCUGCACGAGUAACGGAACGGCGUCGGUCACGGCGGAUCAUAGAGUCCAAGCGUACUCUCCGACCGCCGCCAACUCCGGCUUCGCCGGAAACGUGGAAACUGAGUUUCACGGCGGCAUUUUUCCGGCGACGGAAUCUAAUGACAAUAUGAUUUGGAGCGUAGAUGAUCUAUGGUCUAUGCACUUGCUUAAUGGAGACUAGAAUAGACACACAUAUAUAUAUAUAUAUAAAUAUAUAUGGGUUAUAUUCAAUAUACUAAUGUUAAAUAAAUUAUUGAUAAAAAUACUUUAUAAUUAUGGGUUCAUG